AUGAAUGAGCUUGGUAAGGACCAGAAGAAAGAGACACCUUCGAGUCCUCUCCCGAAAGAUCUUCAAGAUCUUGUGGACAAGCAAGAAGAAGAUAGAGAAAUCCGCGCAGAUUACGAAAAUUCAUGGACUGAAACAUCUUCGGACCAAGACUUGUCCAAACGGCUGGAUAAUGCUUCCACCGAAUCUGAGAACAUAUUAGAAAAGACAAAAGAUCAGCUAUUGGGUAAAGGGACGGAGAAGGAGAAACAAUCUUGA